CAUGGCCAUGCUAUGAUGGUCACACUAUGGUAUGGUAUACUUUUAAUUUUUAAGGUUAAUUGUUGUUAAGUGUUUUUAUUAUAAAGUUAGAAAAUGAGUACCUCUUUGGCAGAACAGUUGCAGCGUUUGGCUGUUCCCCAAACAACAGUUUUGAAACGUGAUAAAAAGCGAGCCUCUCUUUUAUUUGACCCGAAAGAAGCUGCUGGUCUAAAAAGAGAAACAGUUUAUCAAAUUGGAUUAGAGGGGCUUGAAGAAUUAAUUUCAAAAAACGAAGUUUUCAGUCAGUUCAAAAAUUCACUUUUCCACAUUACCUCAAGAGAUUUUGAGAGGUCAGUUCACGACGAUGAAGCCAACCAUAAAUUGGAUAAAACUAUUAGAAAGUUUUUAGUGCUUUUGUCACCAUAUUUCUUAUUGAACUGCAGUCAUAAAGCGUUGGAGUGGUUAAUAAAUAGGUAUUCGAUAAAUGAAUAUAACAGAGAAGAUUUGCUGAUGUUAAUUUUACCGUAUCACGAAUCUAACAUUUUUGUAAGACUUCUGCAAUUACUGCGUUUUAAAGAUUCUAGAGACAGUUUUUACUUCUUAAAAGCAUUACAGAAACCCGGAGUUCAUUUACCCAAACAGAGUUUAUUACAACAUGCUGCAAGUGAUAGUAGUUUCUUGAAAUUUGUAACAAAGUAUAUAAAGUUGCUGUUAAAGUUUCAUGAAAAGCCCAGUGUUUUAACUGUUGCUUUUAAUUUUUACUGUUCAGUGUUUGCUGGUGCUGUGGAAUAUUCCGAAAAAGUUACAGAAGAUCAGGUGUCACAUAUACUUCCAUUGAUUAUUAAAGGUUUAAAUUCUCCUGUAGCAGAUUUUUGUGCAGCAUCUUAUGUCGUAACUGCUCGAUUAGUGACGAAAUCUAGUUUUUCUGAUAAAUUACUUGACAAACUUGUUGAAAAAUUGUGCGAUAUACAUGUUCUUGGAUUAAAAACUGAGAUGUGCCUGGUGUUAAUUGUUUUAUAUCAGUCCCAGAAACAGUACAAUAAUGUACCUGUUACUGCAGUAGCGAGUUUGUCAGAAAAAGAAUGGUUGCCUAAAACUUUACAGGAAUUAAAUAAUUCCGGAAGUUACAUUUUACCUUUACUGGAAAAACUUGUUAAAAGGUGUACAGAAGAAGGAAUAAAUAAUAACCUUACAAUUGCUCAUGAAUUAAUUAAAAAUUGUUUGAAACACAUUAAACUGGAAGACGCUGAUGUUGCUAAUAUUUUACUUGCCAUUUUGGAUUCUGUGAAAUCAAGAAAACGGUGCUCAGAUGAAAUUACCAGUUGGUUAGUAGAACUAAUACAAAUGUUAGAAAAACAGUACCCCAAUGCAUUUGACCAAGAAAUCAUUAAAAUUCUUUCUGCUAUAAAAGAUGAAAAGAUGCUGAAAAGGAAAAAAUUGCUGUCCAAGAUUUUGAAAAGUACUAUGGCGUACAAAGGAAAAUUUGAUGUUUUUGAAAAACUUUAUCACCCAAACCCUAAAAUCAGGGGUGAAGCAAUUGGGUAUUUAAAACAAAAUUACAACUCAUUAAGAGAAACCAACAAGGAAAUAAUUAAGCAAUCUCUUCUUGAUCGUUUAAAUGAUGAUGAUAUAAAUAUAGUUCGAGAAACAUUUUCAGUAGUUCAUAAAAUUUCAAUAUUCGGAAUAGAUGAAUUAAAGGGCAUUUUAACAGAUCUGACAAAAAAAAUUUAUAAGGUGAAAACAACUCGGAAAAUUCUUUCUGUUUUUAUUAUAAACCUGUUGAAUGCAAUAAAUGAUCCAAAGGAUUGGAAGGUGAUUUUGGCAGUUUUUCCGUUUUUAUUGCCAAGGACUGAGGAAGAUCUACUUUUUUCAAAAAAAAUCAUUGGUUCACCAUGUGUUUCGGAAAAUAUAUUGUUAAAGCCAUUUAUUGAGAAACUUCAAAACAUUAAAAAAGAAGAUGAUUUUGUCACAACAAUAUUCGAGAGCUUACAGAGCAAUGGUUCUUGGGAGAUUGUUAAAGAAUUUUUGGUAGUUUUACAUGAAGUUCCAAAAGAACAACGUGACACUUUUUAUAAAUAUGUUGCAUGUUUGGUUUUAACAAAUAUUUUACCGAAUAAGUCUUCAACUGAUGUUAUGUAUCUUGUUUUGGAUAUUUUAGUUGCUUAUUAUGAAACGUGUGAGGUUAAAUCGUUUAAUAAAGAAUCAAAUAUUAAUUAUUAUAUGGACUUGGCUGCAGAAGAAAAAUUUCCAAUACAAGGUUUCUUAAAAUGUUUAGAAUGUGCUAUUAAGAAAACAGAUAAACAAGAAUUUAAUUUGACUUUUGCCGAUUUCACUGAAGAUUGUUCUGCUAAAAAAUAUUUUGUAUUAUUAGCAAAUAUUUUGAUUAGUAAUCAAAGUAAGAAAACAGCUGCAGUAUUCUUAAAUUAUUUUUGUGAAGAUUGGAUAACUCAAUAUAAUUUUAUGUUAAACUUGUGCAUAUCUGGAAAUAGAAGCUUUAACAGUAGUUUCAAAUUAGAUGCGUUAAACUAUUUGAUAAAAUUAUCGAAGAAUAUAGAUGUUGAAGAAUUCAAACAAUUUAUUUAUAUUGAUAAACCGACCACUGCAUAUUUACUAACUUUGUUAGCAGAUCCAUCUGAUGAAGUGAGAAAAUUAACAGUUGAAAUCAUCGAAUCACUUUUAGAUGCUUCAAGUAGAAAAUCGUCUUCAUACUUACACCUCUUGGAAGGCUUGAGAAAACACAAGGAAGAAAUAAUUAUUGACCAUGAGCAGAUUUCUUUGAUUAUAUUUAAUAUACUAGACCCCUCUAAUACCAAAGGAAAGAAACAUAGUUCUAAUCUAAAUUCUAUUCGUAAUCACAUGAUUAAAUUGGUUGGUAAUGAAGAAAUUCCUAAUUAUCUCAAAGCAAGCAUAUUGAAUUUAUUGUCCCAUAUUAAUACUUUUGAAAUUUUGGAGCAAAUAUGUAAAGUUGCCAUUGAAAUUCUUCAGGAAAAGGUUGAAGUAAUUGAUGGUUCUAAAAUGAUAAUUAUUAAAAAAAUUAUAAGCAGAAUCGAAGCAAAAAUUGCAAAUAAAAUAUCGCUAAAUACAAAUAUCUGGAAAUUUAUUAUAAAUACAAUCAAAAAUUGUAAAACUGUACUAAAGGAUGAACAUGAAAAUAUUAGCCCUUCUGUGUGUAUUUUGUGGCAACUGGACAAGGAUUUUUUUCAAGAACUUGAAGAAGAAGUCGAAAAGAAAUUAUUGGAUAUAAUCAUAGAAGUAUCUUGUGUCGCUGAAAACCCAGAAGUAUUGCCUGUAGCUACUCGGAUAUUCAAACAUAUUGAUUUAGAUGCUAAUUUAAUCAUGGAGCAACUAACUAAAAUGAGAGAUGUUCAGUCUCCCAAAACAGACACUGCAAAGAUAAAACGAAGGGUCAGUGUCGUACCCACAGUUGAUAUCUUGGAUACAUUAGAAUGGAGAAAAGGAGUUAGUUUAUUAGAAUUUAUUCAAGACAAAAAGAAAAUAAGAAACACAAAUAUUUUACUGCCCACAUUAUUCGACAUUUUAAAAAAAUGUCUUGAUUUUGAUGAACAAACAGUUGUCGAAUACACCAAGCAGCUUUUACUUUCAUCUAUUUUGCAUUUCUGUUUGAAAAUGAAUGACGAAGUUUUACCUGAAAAUAUUUUUAACAUGGAACUUGUAGUUCAGUGCAUUAGGGCAUCUCAGAAUCCUCAAACUCAUCAUCAUGCUUUACUGGUAUUAGCACACACUGCUCAAUUAUUACCGUCACAAGUUUUACACCAUAUGAUGGCCAUAUUUACCUUUAUGGGUUCUUCAGUUCUUCGCCAUGAUGAUGCGUAUAGUUUUCAGAUAAUUACCAAAAUAAUAGAUACCAUAAUUCCUAUAUUAGUGCAAGAUAACCAGAUUUCUACCAUUGCUAAAGUAUUAAGAGUAUUUGUAGAUGUCCUUUUAGAUGUUCCUGAGCAUAGGAGGAUGCCCUUGUACAGGCAAUUAUUAACCAGAAUUAACGUGCAAGAGAAUUUAUACUUAUUCCUAUUGCUAGUUUUUGAAUCUCAAGUACUUCAUAGUAAUAAGGAAAAGCCAAGAAAUGAUAGUAGCUCAAAGAGACUAGAUAUUGCUGCAGAUUUGUGUCGUGAGUUUGCUCCAAGUAUUGUUUUAUCUAGUUGCAUAAAAUUGAUCAAACAUAUUAAUGAAUUACCAGAUGAAAAAGAGGACAUCAUGGAAACUGAUGAUAGUGACACAUUUAAUAUAAUUACACAUUCUCCUAAAGAUUUUCGUCAUUAUAAAUAUCUACUUCUUAAGUUUACAUCUAAUUUGUUAGCUUCUCAAGAAUUUGUCAAACAGAUUGCAGUUCUUACUGAUGAAGAGGAAAUGUACCUAGAAGAUUUGUAUAAAGAAAUGAUAGUGAACAUCCUUCAGUAUAUACAAAGAACAUCAAAAGUAGCCGAGAAAGCUGCGGAUACGCCUCAGGCCCAAUAUUGGAAAGUCAUUCUGCACCAUAGCUAUGACGUAUUAGAUAGCUUGAAUGCCUUAGUAACCCCUCAAAUGUUUCUUUUGGUUACUAAGGGUUUAAUGGCUCAUGGCCUAAAUACGGUUAGAAGACGAAUUUUAGAAUUACUCAAUAAUAAACUGCAACAUAAUGCUCAGUUCUUUAUGGAACGUGGGAAGACAGAAAUUUAUACCCUAAUACCAUCUAUAAUCAGUAUCGUUGAAGGUAUUGAUAAUGAAGUAGAUUCAGAACAAGAAAUUAUUAUUCAGACGGCACUUCUCUCGUUGAAAUUAUUGGUUAAGUCACUGGCACCUGAUGACCCGGAGAAAUUUGUACAAAUACUAGAUUUUAUAACAAAUGUCAUUAAUUCUGGCAAAGCAAAAAAUAAUGUCUUAGCAUCUGUGAUUCUCUGUCUAGCUGAGUUAUGCGUGACUUUGAAGGCCCAUGCUAUAUCUGGUUUGGCAGAAUUUAUGCCAGCAAUUAUAAAAAUUUUGAAACAACAGAAAUAUGAGGAAGCUCCAAGUGUACUUAUGAGAAGUGUUAUAACUACAAUAGAAAAGAUUUUUAUUAGCAUGCCGUUAUUUCUAAGUCCAUAUUUAGAAAAGUUACUUGUAGAAUUGUCUAUUCUAAUCAGUAAAUGGAGUGAUGUGCCCGACGAUUCAAAAAUACAACCAUUUUUGAACAAACUGACUUCUAUCAAGCAAAAGAUUGGUACCAUUAUUCCUCCAAGAGUUUUAAUACCAGCUGUUGAAGAGUGCUAUAAUAAGUUAAUUGAGAAGAAAUGUUUCAAUGCCAUUAAUGCACUUAUGGAUAUUUUGGCAGAAAACUUGUCAACUCUAAAAGGUUCAGAAAUUAAUUCUAAUUUGACGGAAUUGACAAGUUUCUUCCUCAAUGCUCUUAAAUUUAGAAGUGAUGGAAGUUUCUCUUUGGAGGACGCAAAUGUUGUAGAAGGGCAUAUCGUACAGGCUCUUACAGUGCUUAUUUUAAAACUAUCUGAAAACACUUUUAGACCACUCUAUUAUAAACUGUAUGACUGGGCAGUAAGAAAUGAUGUAAAAAAUGAACGAGUAAUCACUUUCUAUAACCUAUCCAGUGGAUUUGCUCAUUCAUUAAAAGGACUCUUUGUCCUCUUUGCAGGCCACUUUUUAAAUAAUGCAGCACAAAUUUUAGAUUCAUGUAAUGAAACGAAAAAUGAGGAAUUGUAUUUUAUUGAAGAAAGUAAAAAUACAUUACUACUAGAAUAUACUUUAAAAACUCUCAAUGAAGUAUUUCUGCAUGGAAGUCAGAGGUUUAUCAACAAAGACAGAUUUGAUAUAUUAAUGCAGCCUUUAGUGGAUCAACUUGAAAAUACAUUAGGUGGAGUAGAAAAUCUAUUAAAACGUAAUGAAGAAUUAGUAACUCCGUGCUUAAUUCAUUUUGCAUUAGCUACAGCUGAUGAUGCACUCUGGAAACAAAUGAAUUAUCAAAUUUUGUUAAAAAUGAGACACAAUGUAUCCAAAGUAAGGCUUAUUGCACUACAUUGCUUAACAGAAAUUGUCAAAAAAUUAGGCGAGGAUUUCUUAUCAUUGUUACCCGAGACAAUACCAUUUUUAGCAGAACUUUUAGAAGAUGAAGAGGAAGAGGUAGAGAAAGCAUGCCAAAGAGCUGUGCAAGAGAUGGAAAAAGUGUUGGGUGAACCUCUACAAAAAUAUUUUUAAUUUUUUUUAGUCAUAGUUUUAUUAAGAUAUAAUUUCUGUUAUUUUUUUGCAAAUAAACCAACUAAUUAUUAGAAUUUAAUAUAAGUUGGGUAAAAUUGUAACUAAAUAUUUGUACUUCAAUAUAGAAAAUGUAGCAGAUAACAUGUUAU